AGAUUUUUCCAGAUCCAGACGCCUUCUGCAUCUCGGCAAACCCGCCCCACAGAUCUGGGGGCCCUGAUUUUGCCGAGCGGGCCCUCCACGCCCGCCUGCCAGCCCGCGUGCCGUCCGAACCCGAGCGCAGCCCUAACCGGGAGGUCCGAGGCCGAGGUCAAAAUGGUUCCGUUUCGAACUUCUGCUCGUCGUCUGAGAUGUGGAUGGUUUUCUUAUCUUUCUUCUGACAGCACCGACACGAUAUGAUAUGAUAUGAUAUGAUAUGAUAUGCAGCCGAUAAUACAAACUCAAUCCAGUCACUUCGCAUCCAAAAUGGUCGUCUCUUAUCUCCCCGAAUAUGAGCAGGAGGAACACGACCACCACCUUCAUCAUCGCAGCCACAGCCACAGUCACAACCACCAUGGCCUCGAGCCCGUCAUCCCGCCCUUCGCGGGCCGCGUCGGCGGAAACCAGGACUUCGUCGUCGACCGGAGUGAUCCCAAGAACUCGAAAGUGCUUGAGAGAGUGCCCGACGCGGCGCCCUGGAUGUCGUUAGCCGAGAUCUUCGACCUCCGCGGCUUUCUCAGUUUGGAUUUAUGGAAGUUUGCUGUCCUGGAAUGUAUCGCAAGCAUGCUAAACACCUUCCUCACUGCCUGGGUAACAACCCACCCCCUCUCGGCCACCACCUCCCCCACGACCCCCUCAGGCAUCUACAGCACCGUCACCUUCUUCUCCCCGACCUUCGGCGGACUCACCAACCUCCUCCUCACCCCUCUCCUCAUCUACACCUUCUCGCCCUCCAGCGGCGGCCACAUCAGCCCGACCAUCACGCUCUCGACCUUCUUCGCGCGCAUCAUCUCCUUCCCGCGCAUGGUCCUCUACCUCGCCGGCCAGACCCUCGGCGGGGCGCUCGCCGGCUUCGCGCUCCGCGCCGCCUACGGCACGCGCGCCUUCACCGUCGGCGGAUGCCACAUCGAUACCACCAUGGUGCCGGUGCGCGACGCCCUGGUGAUUGAGUUUUUCGCCUGCGUGAUUCUCAUUUUUCUCGCGUUCGGGGUUGCCUUGGAUCCGCGCCAGGCGAGGGUGUUUGGGCAGGCCGUCGCACCGUGGUUGGUCGGUGUCGUCGUGGGGGUUGUUACUUGGGGGACGGCGUGGACCAGGGAGGGGUAUAUUGGGGCGAGUGUUAAUCCGGCGAGGUGUUUCGGGGUUUAUGUUGCCAGUGGGUUUCCGAGCUAUCAUUGGAUUCAUUGGGUUGGGCCGUUGGCUGCCGCGGUGGCGCAUGGGUUGGUGUAUUUCGUGGAUCCGCUUUGGAAGGAUCCCAGGGCAGAGUAG